AUGGGUGCAAGUGUUGGUGAUGGAGGAUCUCAAGUUGUACAUCUAAUUAAUAGUAGUAGUAGAGAAGAAGAAGAAGAAACAAAGUCCAACCAAAAGAAAAAUACCAAAUCCUCAUCUACAAAGAAAGCACCACCUCCAAAAUCUAAACCAUCUGUUAAAAGAGCACCAGCGAAAAAGAAUAACAAAAUGGAUAUUAGUGAUGACGAUGAAGAGGAUGAAGAUUCAUCCCAAGAUGAUAAUUCAAGUAGUGAAGAAGACUCGGAUUCAGACUCAUGUAUUGCAUAUUUAAUGAUCAGCAGAGAUAAUAGUUAUACUUGCCAAUCCAACAAGUGUGCUGAUCAAUCUCAGAUUUAUUGCGAGGACUGCGAGAAGUGUUUGUGCAAAAGACAUGACUCAUUAUUCCACCAAGAUGACGACGAUGAUGAAGAGGAGGAGCACAUCACCAUAGACAUUAAUGACUAUAUCGUUGCAAAACAAUCCCUAUCAGAUCCACCCUAUCAAAAAAUCAUUGACAAUGAUGAAAAGCAAAGAAGAAUGAUAUCAAUCAACAGCAACAACAACGAUUUAGAAGUUGGUAAUCAGCUUGCUCAAAACGAUGCAACACAAUUUGUUGUAAGUGUAGUUGGACCUCCAUCGGCUGGAAAAAGCACCGUCAUCAAACAAUUGCUUUGUCUAGACAAUCCCGACACAGAGUUCACUCCACGUAUCAACAACCCUAUCAAAUCAAUCACUACAACUGCUGAUUUGAAUGGAUUCGAAUCAAUGAUUGGAGGUGUUCCGGUCCUGCUUGUCGAUACCGAGAGUAGUGGUGACCAUUUACCUUGGACCGUUGGUGAUAAUAAUGAUAGUACCAAAAAAGACAAUGUCAAGGAUAGAAAAUCGCUGGUCCACACCAAACAUCCCCAGAUUGUGUAUCAUACAAGCAACGUCGUUGUAUUUGUCGUUGAUCAUCCAAGAAGAGAGUUGGUAUCGGUUCUCCGUCUCAUUCAAUCAUACACUCUUGUAGCUCUUCAAUCCCAACCUCUGACAUCAAGAAAGCCAUACCUCAUCGUGGUAUUCAACAGACAAACCCCAUAUCAAGGUGGAGGAAGGAAAUGGUACGAAAACGAUCCCACUCUUUCUGGGCUGUUUGAAAAAGAGACAUACCAGACAACCAAAGGAAAAUCUGCUCCUGAAAGUUGUGCAUUGGUACAACCGGCCGUACAAAAACAGGAAGAGAUAGUCGUACAAAAAGAACACAAAGAGAUAGACAUACAAAAAAACGCUCUUGAAAGUUGUACAUUGGGACGUCAAGCCGAAAAAAAAAUAUUUACACAACAAAGAGAUAUAGAAAAUGAAUCAAAUUUAAUUUUAGAUUCAAUCAAUUUAUGGUACCAAUCGCCAAAGGUCAUUGUAAUUCCCUCAUUUGCAUCGUCAAACCUUGGAUUUAUUGACCAAUCCAAAUUACUUUUACAAGAAAUAUCUUCAAUCUGCUGUAAAACCGAGGCCACACAGGUAGAUCCCUUUUUUGAAUCAACUUAUAAAUCAUCUCUAGAUUUAUUCAAUAUUAAAAGAAACCUUUAUUGUUCUUUUGAUAAAUGCAACAAAAUAUCAAUCAAAUAUUGUGAAACCCGUAUCAAGUUUUAUUGUAACGAUCAUUAUCCGAAAGACACUCACAAGUACUACCUAAUCAGUAUCGAAGAAUAUAAACAAAACCUUCAAAAGGAAAGAAUAUUGUUAUCAUUUAACAAUCAAACAAAUAACAUCGAGUUUGGUUCGAUGUGGUCUACCUUGUCAUUGGCCAACACCAAAGGUCAAGAUUACUACCUUGUUGGAUUUAUUGGUCAGGAUGUUGGUAACUAUACCGAUGACCCCAUUUCCUCAGUCUGUCAAAAUACCAUUAAUUGCUAUGUAGAAUAUCCCAACACUGUCAACAACAACAAAAUCAUCAUGGUUGGAUACAAUCAAAACGAUUCAUCCUCUCUUGAAGUGAUUUCACUCAUUUGUGAUGUCAUUGUUGUUUUUAUUCAUCCAGGUCAAAACUUGAAAGAAGAAAUUCAAAAGAUAUCAACAAACUUUUCUACAACAACAACAACAACAACAACAACAACAAAAAGUUCAACUCCUCAUCUUAUCAUUGUUUGUAGUGGUGCUACAGAGAAUGAUAUUAAAAAAGAACUGGACGAUAAACAAGUCACAUUCGAGUUUUUAAAUGGAAGUUUACAAACGUCCAUCGAAUCCAAACUUAAAAAUCAACCUAAAAAAAGUUUACCGGUAUUAAAAGACUUGGAAAUGUUUGUCGCCGGAUAUAAUACCAAAUGUACAGAUGAAGGAUGUAAAAACAAAGCAAAAUAUUUAUUUACAGGAAAGUUUAAAUGCCAACAGCAUUAUGAUGGACUUGUUGACAGAUUCAAAACAAUGUGUAUGCCAAUUCAAGAACAUUUAAAAAGUCAACAUAUACUUGGUCAACAAGACCAGGAACUAAACAUAAAAAAGGAAUAUGACAAAAGAAACAAACUACUUCAAGAAAAGAAUGGAAUAAUAGAAUUUGGACCAAAAUGGUAUCAAUGUGGUCUAAGCAAUGAAGAUGCUUUCAAAUUGGUAACAUUUAUUGGACCUAGUGGAAGUGGAAAGAGUACACUUGUCAGAGGACUAUGUCAUGGUGAUCGUCCUUUAUUGCCACUCAAAGGCAAUCAAUUUUCAUCAACCUCUUCAGAUAUAAAUGUUUACCUUGGGAAAAGUGAUGAGAAAAAGGGUACCACCAAAAGAUUUUUAAUGGCCGAUUGUGAAGGGUUUGGUGGAACUUUAAACACAGCAACAAGAACAACAGGAGCAAGCCGACCAUCUCGUAGAGAAAUGGUGGAAUCUGCGUAUCCAAGAAUAUUACAUUCAUUUAGUGAUAUUGUAGUUUGUGUUUGUUCAAAUUCUUGGCAAGAGAGACAAACCAUCAGUAAAUAUGUAUUGUCACAUGCUCAACACAGUGACUCGGGCGCAGUCAAUCAAGGAGAACUACCAUACCUCAUUUUAGUAUUCAACAAGAAAGCAAAGAAUGAAAUGAAUGUCACCAAUCAAGAAGCAACCAAAGAGUUUUUUGUAAAUGGUGGUUUUGACAAACUGGUGGAACCAUAUUAUCGUGGUUGGUGUAUUAUACGUAUUGGAACAGAUGAAGGUGGUAGAGAUCCUAUAACAUUCCUCAAUGGUUACAAAGAGCUUAAAAAAGAAAUUUACAAUAAUCUAUUUGGUCAAAUCAUUAAACAAACAGUCAUCUCUGAUACAGAAACAGUUGCUCUGACCCCAAGAGAAGUAAUCAAACAAAUGGGAGAAGUAGUUCAUCGAUUCAAUGAUAAAGUCGCAGACCAAAUCAAUUUUAUUGAAAUUCAUCCCGUCGACCCCAAACGAAUUGCAUCAUACCUAUUCAAAUAUUUUAGAUUAUUAUAUUCUAAAUUAUCAUUGUCUGGUGCUAAAGACAAGUAUCAAUCUUUUGGCGAUGCCAUCAACAAAUUGAAUGGUCGUCUUGAAAAAUCGGAAAAUUUGUUUGGAAAAAGAUAUCCACAAGAGGAUUGGAAAAAGGUCAUUGACAUGUUGACAAGUCAAGUUGGCGCAUUAGAACCAUGUUCCACUCUUAAUUGCAACAAAUACAAACAUCAACAUGGCAAUACCCACAAGAGUAUUGGCACAGAGCCCUCUGAGAAGUUGAUUAAUCAUCUCCUCAAGCCCAAAUUUAUCAAACAUGGCGUGUUUGCUGAAAUCCCAAGCAAACAUCUUAGAGUGGUUGGAGAAAAAUCAAAGAUAUCAGAAAUUUCAGAUGAUAUAGAGCCAAUUGACAAUCCCAAAGCAAACGACCCAUACAUUCAAUUAUCAACCCAUGUUUGCGUAAAUUGUUUAAUUGGGUUCCCAGAUCAAGUUAGAAAUGGUUGUCAACACUUAUUAUGCUAUCAUUGCUCAAUUGAAAGUCCAGAUAGAUGUCCCAUGUGUAAUGAAGAUAGCCAUUGGAUCAAUCAAACACUCCCUCACAAUGCAGGCUAUAGAUUACUCAAUCUCAAUGAUAUUGGAUCACAAGUGGUUGAUAGUUUGAUCAUUCUCAAAAAGAUUCAGAAAAAGCUCUUUGACAUUGACAUUAGACAUCUCUUUGAUUUGUCUUUUGGCUCUGGACUUGCUGGUUUAUCUUUAUUGUUCCUUACCAAAGGAACAAACAUCGAAAGUCAACCAUUGGAUAAUGCAAUAAGAAUGAUCGAGCUUUCCAUAACUCCAUAUAUGGCUCUAAUAGAAAAAACAAAACGUGAUGAUCACAUAUGUCACGUUUUGAAAAUGUUCUUUGAGAAUGACAAAUCUAUUAUUUACGACAAUUAUAUGCAUUUCACCAAAGUAGCAAUAACAGCUAGUGAUGAGGGAGGUGUUGCGCUUUUUCCCUCUUAUAACGCUGAAAGAAUUAAACUGCAAGAUAAUGGAUUGACAUAUAGACUCAUGCAUAAAACCAAAGCAUUCGAUGCCGCCCAAGCUGUGUGUUUAUCUCUAGGCAACUCUUUUGCUUUGUGCUUCCCUCCGAUCGUAAACAAUUAUGAGUCCAUGAGGCUCAAAGCAGCAGAUCCAGUGUAUGACAAAAAUGUCAAUAUCGUCAAAGAAGCACAACAUAUUUGGGGUACAGACAAACACUGCGAUAUUUUAUUGGAUAUUGGUACACUCAAAGGAUUUACUCAUCACAAUGGAAAGAAAGAAUAUUUGGAUAAAGUCAAAAAAGUAUCGUCACAAAAUAUUCAAAACUCAAAACGUCUAUUAUCUCCAUCUACCACCCCAAUCUUCAAAUUGACACCACCUCUUGUCAACUGUGACUAUUUCCUCGAUAUCCAUCAAAUCCAUGGUGCAAUCAAAGGAAAAGGAGAGAAUAUAGAAAAGCAAAAGAAUUUCCUUUCUGUCUGUAACAAGUUGCUAUCUUCAUUGUUUUACGUAUCCAAACGUAUUGUCAAUAAUUCAUUUUCAAUCAAAUCACGUAUAUACAUUGACAAACUUGGUAAAUUUAAAGACACAAUCAAAGAAAAGGAUUUUUUCAAAGUCAAGGUAUAUUCAUUGGAUAAAAAGGAAAUUGAUUUUCUCAUUUCAGAUUUAGAAGAUAGAGAUGGAAUAAGAGUUACAUUAUUACAACAAAUGGAACCAAAUACAAAGAUCAAAGUAAGAGUUUCAAGAAAGGAUAUUUUAGGAAAAGAUUUUUAUGGUAGAGUUUGUGAUCCAAAAUAUUUUGAAAUUUCAGGACACUCUGAAAUAGAAUUAACAAAUUAA